AAAACAUCCACUGAUUGGCUGGAAGCAUGAAUGCUACUUUCUGGAGAUACACAACAAGAAGAAAACUGAUUCUACUAUUCUGCAUCUUGGUACUUAUUCUUGUAGUUUUUGAGAUAAAGAAAUCGUCAUUACUUUAUGGAACUAAUAAGAAUAAAAAACCCAGACAAAUGUCAUAUUUUGAAACGGCAGAGGAGUCUCAUGUAGAAGUUUAUAAUGGAUUUUUAACAGAAGAAGCGGAGAAAUGUGAAACGAUACAAAUUGCAGUUGUUUGUGCUGGAUAUAAAGCGAGUAGAGAAGUCGUUACUUUGAUUAAAUCUGUGCUUUUUCACAGACACUUGCCCAUUCAUAUGCAUUUUAUUGUCGAUGCACCUGCUAAGAAAAUAUUGGGUACUUUGUUUCGGACAUGGGAUGUUUCGGAUUUUACGGUUUCUUUCUAUCUUGCUGAUAAAUUAGAACCAAAAGUGUCCUGGAUUCCUAAUUUGCAUUAUUCUGGUGUUUACGGCCUAAUGAAAUUACUGUUAUUGGAUGUUUUACCAGUGGAAAUUGAUAAAGUAAUAAUUCUGGACAUCGAUUUAAUAUUUCUAGAGGAUAUUGGGAAACUCUGGGAUCAGUUUUCUCAAUUUGUUGACAACCAAGUAAUUGGUCUGGUUGAAAACCAGUCGGACUGGUAUUUAGGCAAAGUGACCAAACAUCCUUGGCCUGCCUUGGGACGUGGCUUCAACACAGGCUUGAUGCUUUUACACUGUGAAAAACUGAGACAGAUUAAAUGGAACGAAAUAUGGGAAAGUAUAACGAAAAAAGAACUGUUGACAUUUUCUGCAACCGCCCUUGCUGACCAAGAUAUAAUAAACGCUGUGAUUAAGGAACAUCAAGAUACUGUUUUUAUUCUUCCCUGCUUCUGGAAUGUUCAAUUAUCUAUGAAUACAAAUUCAGAAUCGUGUUAUGGGAAAGAUAUAUCAAGUAUCAAAGUUCUACAUUGGAAUUCACCAUUUAAAAAUGAAUUACAGAACAUUCAUGCCUCGUUGUUCCAAAACAUGUUUUAUAGUUACGCAGUGUAUGAUGGUGCACUAUUGCGCAAUCCUGUUGGCAAAUGCACCGAAGUAGAAGAAAGCAGAGAAGAAAUUAGCAAAGAUUUUUGUCAAGAAAUGUUGCAUAAAAGUGUACAGCUGCGUAGAACACAUUUAUAUUACCUUCCUUUUGACUACAUUUCUUCCGAUCACACAGAUGUUACUUUAACUCUUCACUUAUCGAUAGAUCGAAUCCCAAUGUUAGACAUCAUAUGUAAACAUUGGGAAGGUCCGAUCAGUGUUGCAGUCUUUCUAAGCGAUUCUGACACAAUAAAAUUACCUAAACAUAUUGAAAUUUCUCCCACAUUAUCAAAUCGUAGAAAUAUUGGUUUUCAUUUAGUUUUUCAGAAUUUUGAUGAUACUUCUUAUCCUAUUAAUCUAUUGCGUAAUAUUGCUUGGCAGCAAGCAGUUACUGAAUUUGUAUUUUUAUGUGAUGUUGAUUUUUUACCUUCUGAUAAUUUAUAUGAGCAUUUGAAAAAUGCUGUCUUGCCAUUGUAUCCAAAUUCUUCAAAGUUUGCUUUUAUUAUUCCUGCUUUUGAAAGUUUGUGGCACAAGUUUGAUUUUCCGCCUUCGAAAUCUGAACUGAUAGACCAAUGGGAUAGAGGUGUAAUAACACCUUUCCGAUCAUACAUGUGGAAGGUUGGCCACGCCGCAACAAAUUAUACAAAAUGGAGAACUUCCAAUGAGAUUUACUCGGUGAAUCGAACAAAGGAUUUUGAACCUUAUGUUGUGUUACCGAAACAUCUUUGUCCGGCUUAUGAUAAAAGAUUUUUCGGUUUCGGUUGGAACAAAGUUUCUCAUAUAAUGGAACUGGAUGCUUUAGGUUUUAAAUUUUUAGUUUUACCUUAUGGUUUUGUCAUUCACUUGCCGCACAUGGCCAGUCUUGACGUUGUAAAAUAUCGCUCAUCAACUGAAUAUAAGAAUUGCAUUGACAACCUAAAGGUUGAAUUUAUACAGGAUUUAGUUGUUAAAUAUGGAGUCAGUGCAGAUUUUUUUUAUUAAAAGCCCGUCAAACAGUAUUAUUUGCUUAUUCAGCAUAAUCUUUUUCACUUUUGAAUAUAGAAGCUACUGAUUGGUCUCAAAGUCACUGAAUUACCAACAUUUUUAGCCUAAUUAAAUAAAUGUCAUCUUUUUCUUUGUAAAAAUAAAACUGCCUUCAUUACUGCGUUCCAAACUUGCUGGUCAAGUGUAUAUUUUUUUGUGAAAUUUGUGUUAUUGAAAGAGACUUUUAUUAAUUCUCAUUUAACUUAUGACAAUUAACGAGAACAUGGUGUAUGGUCAUUGCACUGAUUUCUCUUCACUGUUGUCCAUUGUAUCAUGUGGUAAUCACCUUAUUAUUAACAAUGUUUACAUAUGUCUAAUAUGUUGUUCAUAAAUUGGCCUCUGCAGCGGAAUGUGUUGUAGUUUGCUCAAAUGUCAGAGAACUAUAAAUAAUAGAUGAGAUCCCAGAUUAAUAUAUGGGCUUGGUAUAUAAGGGCAGAGGUCAUGUAAGCCACACUAAGAUAACAAAAACUACACUAAUCUUCUUGCAUAUAACCAUCCCCAUGAGGUUGAAACCUGUAGAAUGUUAUGUGUGGUAUGUUCCUAACGCUCCGGCAGCUCAACAGAUACAUAUUGUUUCGCAUGAAUUUGUACACUCGAUAUUGUGAUAUAUAUUCUUUUGUGUAGUCUUACUGACUAUUGUGCUUUUUUGUAUCUGUUUAUUAAUAUUCAUUUUGCACAUUCAUUUAUAUCAUUAGUUGAAGAGCAAUCCGUUGGAAAAUGAAUUUAGAGAUGCUGAAUAUGUUAUAAUAUCUUUUUUUAUUGGAAUACAGUUUUUAUAUUUUUAGGACAUUUCUGUAUAAUACACGUUCUGCAUUUUGGUAUAAUUGUCCUUUGCUGUGUAAUUUCAUAAUAAGUGUUUGGUCAUUUUAGAAAAUAAUAGCAAAAUAAUAUUUUCAAAUAUAUAAUACCAGAUAAAGGGAAGGGUGCUGUAAAUUUAGCUAUGGAAACUCUUUAAGUUCUACAGAAAUUCACUGCAGUGUUGACUUCGAUUGCAUACUAUAGACAAUCUGAGAACGAGUACCCUUGUUUUCAUUUUUGCUGUUCCGGUUAAAAUUUUAAAAAUCAUAAUUACAAAUUACAAUAGCAAACACACAUGCGUUUGAUAUUGUUGUUGGUUAUGCUUAUGAAACCGAUGUUGACAUCCCAAAACACAAGCUUAAAUUUUCCUCAUUCUUGUUAUACCUAAUCAUAUUUUGGUGCUCCGGGAGUGUAUGUACCAAUCUGGCGGUAACUAUUUUUGUUCUC